CACACACACACACACACACACACACACACACAGACAGUUGAGCAGAGGAAAAGACGAAACACACACCGAGGCUGCUUUUCAUUUCAAAACCCCGGGGCUGUGGAAAGAACACCAAGUUCCUUCUUUUCUCUCUCCAACCUGCUUUUUCUUUUGGCUCAUUUGUUCGACCGGUGCUACUUUUUUUUUCCCUCCUCGCCCUCCCCCGGAUUUCCACUUGAAAAGUUGCCACCUUUUUGGCCAGCUGUCUGCAGCUGGCAGGAAGCGCCCGCCCUGCUCGGGAACAAGGGACCUAAAGUGAGGAGGGGGGAGAGAGAGAGAGAGUGGAAAAAAAAGAAAGAGAGAGUGAGAGAUGCCACCCCAGCCUACGCAGUCGCAGGUGAGGGAGAACGUCGUCAAGUUCCUCCGGAGCUUCCUGGGAGUCCUCCGGAUCCUGCAGAUCGUCUUCGGGGCCGGCCUGUGGGUGACGAUCGCCGCCAACAAGUACGAGGGCUCCAUCCACUUCGUCCUCUUCGUGGCGGUGCUCUUCUGGCUGCUCACCCUGGCCCUCUUCUUCCUCACCCUGCUGGACAAGCAGGACCUGGUGCCUCUGCUGGGAGGGCCCCGGUGGCCCAGCACCAACCUGGCUCACGACGUGGCCGCCGCCGCCCUCUACCUGCCGGCCAUCGGCGUCAUGAUCUACAAGACGGAUCGCAACUCCUACUGCAACCUGGAGCAGUACAAACACUCCUGCCUGUACAAGGUCUACCUGACGGCCGCCGUGUUCUCCUGCCUCUGCUGCCUGGCCUUCCUGCUCUCCGUCGUCCACGGAGCCUGCAGGAAGAGCCGAGGCGAGCAGACGCUCUUCUAAAUAAGGACGGACGCUUUUUUUUUUUCUUCUGCAAGAUGAGGAAGAGUUCACGUCACUGUACACACUAAAAAAAAUGUUGGGUUAAAAAAUAACCCCAUUUUAACCCAAUUGCUGGUUCAAAAAAUGACAAACCCCUUAUUUGAGUUAUUUUAACUCAACAUUUUGGGUUAAUUUUUUUCAACCCAACUUUUACGGUGAAUUAUUUAACCCAAAAGUUGAACUAUGAUAACUCAAUGUUGGGUUAUUCACAACCAAACUAUUGGGUUGAAUUAUUUAACCCAAAAGUUGAGUUAUAAUAACUCAAUGUUGGGUUAUUCACAACCAAACCAUUGGGUUGAAUUAUUUAACCCAAAAGUUGAGCUAUAAUAACUCCAUCCAUCCAUCCAUUUUCUAUCGCAAUGUUGGGUUAUUCACAACCAAAUUAUUGGGUUGAAUUAUUUAACCCAAAAGUUGAGUUAUGAUAACUCAAUGUUGGGUUAUUCACAACCAAACUAUUGGGUUGAAUUAUUUAACCCAAAAGUUGAGUUAUGAUAACUCAAUGUUGGGUUAUUCACAACCAAACUAUUGGGUUGAAUUAUUUAACCAAAAAGUUGAGUUAUGAUAAAUCAAUGUUGGGUUAUUCACAACCCAACUGCUGGGUUGAAUUAUUUAACGCAAACGUUGAGUUCUGCUCACUACAAUGUUGGGUUAUUCCAAACCCAACUAUUGGGUUGCGCAAUUUAGUGCUCCUUGACCCAAUAGUUGGUUCAAAAUGAUCAAUUUGACUGCUGGUUUGUCCUACUCAUUCGCAGCUACUGACCAAAAGUAUUUUCAUUCCAUUAAAAUAUACUCAAAAGCAAGAUAUGACUGACAUUUUUUUUACAUGAAUUGUUGUAUGGUCAUAGUAGUUGUGUACAGCAUGCUCAAAUAUUGUCAUGUACAUAAGAUGUGUGAUUGUCAAUAAUGUUAAUGAGAUUAAUCCUGACUAAAAUUCCCUUCAAGAAAAAAAGUAACAUUUUAAUAAAUAAAAAAAGCCUUUUACCCAAAAAUGCGUUACUCAUUGAAAAACAACCCAAAAAUGGUUCAUAGUUUUGAAAACCCAGACAUUGAGUUAAAAUAAUACCCUUGUAACCCAAAAAAUGGAUUGCGCUUCAUAAAAAUAACUCCAAAAUUUAACCCAACACUAGCAACUCAUAAAUUGGGUUAUCAAAAUAACCCAGCAUUUUUUUAGUGUGUACUUGUUGUGUUUCCACUCCCAACGUCAAGUUCUAUUUAAAGGGUGCUUAUGUCCAUGAUUCAUCGUCUUCAGGAUUUUUUAAUGCUACUACUUUUUUCCCCUUCCUUUAUGUCACUGCAGAGGCACAGCUAAGAGUUUAUUAUAUCCAUUAUUAUAUUUAGUUUACAUCAACCCAACGUUGUAUUCCACCUGUUUUUACCAGUGCUUUUCCAAAGAUUAAAAAAGUGAAAGAACCAAACAAGG